CCAGGAGCCCUACAAACCAACGGGGGGAGAAGAGGCGGCGGCGGAGUGUCACCUGUGGAGGCCAUGAUGGGACCCUUCCUCCUCCUUUUUUUGCUGCUGCUGCUUAGUCACUCACCUUGCUGAGCUACUCGCCGGACGAUUUUGCGACGCAUAAUUAUCGUCAUCAUCGGGGAAACAGGUUUCUUAAAGGUUCUUUAAGACUGAUAAAGAAUAAGACAACAUACUGAUGCGCCGCCUUCCUCAACUCUUAGAAGGACGUCUGUUGUGGGCGUGGCGUGUAUGGUCACCCCCACCCCGCCGUCAGGGAUGCGAUCAGUUUAUAUACCUCAGUGUGCAACGCCAGCGGUGGAAGCUGCUAGGACCAGACUGUGAACGUCGAGUCUCGGCAGACUACUGAAUGUUGAAGUGCCAGGAAAGGCUUGAGAUUUAGGGGUGGAGUGGGAAUAUGUGUGGGUAAAUUGAUGGAUGGAUUAAGGCCAAAGUAUAUAUACCGCAAAGUAGAAGCGCCGAAAAUAUUAUUGGAACAGACGGGCGUGAGUGAAGGCGCUGUGGAGUAAACACUUUACGCACCAGUGUCACGGUGAUAUAAUUAAUCCACCAAGUUGCUGGAAUAAUGGGAAUGCUCCAGUCUACUUGUGGUAUUUUCCGCAAUCAAAUGGUUUUGAAUAUGUGUAGAUUGUAAUGCGUUGCACAAUAAAGUUAUGUUCAUAUUAUCAAACGAAUUCUCUUA